AUGCCGCUGACCACUAAACAUCAGUUGACGAUCGAAAAGAGUCCUGCGUACUUUCAUAGCAAAACCGCGGCCGAGCGCAUCCGAGCGUUGAAUCCAGCGAUGAAAAUCAUUAUCGUGGUGAGGGAACCGGUAAUGAGGGCGAUCUCAGAUUAUACGCAAACGUUAUCGAAGAGAAAAGCACUGGGAAGAAUGCCGACUUUCGAAGACAUGGCCGUCGGUGACUGUGCGCCAUGGCUGAAGACAAAUUGUUCCUCGAAAGUUGACGGCGUCAAUAUUGGAUGGGGAGCAAUCCGUAUUGGGAUAUAUCACCAACACAUGAAGAGAUGGCUGGACAACUUUCCUAUGGAGCAAAUCCAUAUCGUGGACGGAGAGCGGUUGGUUUCAGCACCAGCUCUCGAGGUCAGUCAAACCGAGAGGUUCCUAGGACUUGAACCAGUGGUGAAGGUGGAGGAUUUCGACAUCGAUCCAGUGAAAAAGUUCCCGUGUAUUCGUCGGCGUGAUGGUAGUCUGCACUGCUUGGGGAAAACCAAAGGUCGUAGGCACCCCAUUGUCAAGUCCGAUGUGUUAAGACGUUUGAAGCGCUUUUAUGAUGAAAAGAAUCGACUAUUUUUUCGAAUGAUCAAUCGUAGCUUUUCGUGGUAA